AUGGGGUUUGAAUCUAUAGAUGAUGCAUGGGAGUUUUACAAGGCAUUUGGGAAAGCGACUGGAUUUCCUGUGGUGAAAAGCAUAUCUGUGACGAAUGCUGCCGGGCAUAUAAGAAGCUACACGUUUACUUGUGCUCGAGCAGGUAAGUGUAACUCCGUCUCUGAAAAUACAUUAAGGCCUCAAGCAACGAUAAAAUGUGGAUGCCAAGCCAAUCUAGUAUUACGGUUAUAUUUCUUAGUUGGUUAUGUAAUCAGCCAGCUCAAUUUGGAAUAUAAUCAUGAAAAGAAUCCGGAAAACGCUAGAUAUUUUCGUUGUAAUCGCUUCAUUAAUUCCCGGGUAAAGAAGCAACUUGAUCUUCUUGAUCAAUCUGCUGGGAGGUUAUGUAAAGGUUAUGAUGUUUGUGUAAAUGAAGCUGGUGGUCAUGAGAAUAUGACGUGUUCUAAAAAAGAUUGUAGAAAUCUAAUUGAUAAUUUGCGGAAUUCACGAUUAGGAGAAGGAGAUGCAGUUGUCAUUCUAACAUAUUUUGCAAAGAUGACUUCAGAAGGUUCUGGAUUUUAUUCAAGUGUCGAUGUAGAUGAGACUGGUCAUUUGAGAAGCGUGUUUUGGGCAGACGGUAGGUCAAGAGAAGAAUAUAAAGAGUUUGGCGAGGUUAUUUCUUUUGAUACCACAUACUUGGUUAACCGAUAUGAUAUGUCGUUUGCUCCAUUUGUUGGUGUAAAUCACCACAGAGAAUCAAUAUUAUUAGGAUGUGGGUUGGUAACACAUGAAAAUGAAGAUUCUUUUGUAUGGCUGUUUAUGAAGUGGCUUGAUUGUAUGUCUGGAUGCGCUCCUCCUGCAAUAAUUACUGACCAAGCCAAGGCUAUGCAAAACGCCAUUGAAAUAGUCUUCCCGAAUAGUAUACAUAGAAGUGAAACAAAAUGGAUGGAGAUGUUACAAAAAUAUGAAUUGUUAGAAAAGGAAUGGCUUCGAGGAUUAUAUGAAGAAAGGCGGCGUUGGGUACCUUGUUAUCUAAAUGACAUUUUUUGGGCUGGAAUGCAAUCUACACAAAGAAGCGAAAGUAUGAACUCAUUUUUCGAUGGAUAUCUUGGUACGAAGACAACUUUGAAGCAAUUUGUAGAGCAAUAUGAACGAGCAUCAAGGGAUAAGGAAGAGAACGAGACUAGUGCUGAUGCAGAAUCGUGUUCCAAACUGAUUCCAACUGCCACAUUUUUUGAAAUGGAAAACCAGAUGCAAGGAAUGUAUACUCUGUCAAGGUUUAAAGAGUUUCAAAAUGAAUUGACUUCAAAAAUGUAUUGUGAACUUAUCAAACAAGAAGAGGAUCCUCUUGGAACAUUUAAGUAUGUUACUCGUGUUAAUGUGUGGAUUGAGGGGGUUGAUCAUCAAAGAAUUCAAAUACAGAUGAACUUCGAUGUGAUUUUUUAUUCAAAUGAAUGUGAAGUUUCUUGUAGUUGCCGGAUGUUUGAAUUUGAAGGGAUACUAUAUAGACAUGUUCUUAAUGUAUUAAUCCUACAUGGAGUUAAGUUGGUUCCUGAUAAAUACAUAAAAGAAAGAUGGAGGAAAGAUUUGAAAAGGUCUCACACAAGUAUGAAAGUUAAUAUGGGGUUUUGGCGAAACACCGUUGAGCAUGAUCGUUGUAAUAACUUAAGUAUUCUUUUCAGCGAGGUUGCAGAUAUGGCAGUAAAAUCAGAACCUACUUUCAAUGAUGUUAAUCAAUUAUUAGCUUUACAGUUAAAGUUACUAAAAAAAAAUAACGCGAUUCAGAUUGAAGCGAAGACUCCUGAAGUACAAGAAAAACAUUCGGCAAGAGAUGAGAUUAUGGAUAUUGUACCCAUGGAUGUCGUGGAUGUACUGAAUCCUAAUGAUAGAAUCAUGUUAGGCAGACCACGAACUAAUACAUAUAAAACUAUAUGGAAACAUACCAAAAAGAAUCCUACAACUAACAAUAAUGGGAAUGCAUGUAAUGAAGAUGUACUAGUAGUUGUUGAUGUGCCUAUACCAAAAACUAAGAAACGAGGCAGACCACUAGGCAGCAAAAACAAAAAUGUGCAGGUUGUGCUACAACAAGAAUAUAAUGGAAUAGCACCACCAUCACAUUUAUAUCCUCAAGUUCCUAUGUGCCAAUAUAAUGGAGUAGUAGGACAAACUCAUCAGUAUCAAGCUAAUCUAUUAGCACCCCAAGUGCCUAUGUACCAACCUUGGGGAUUCUAUCAGCAUCCACCUCCUCCAAUGCCGAUGGGUUUAAAUGGGUACAACUACCAAACUGCAGAAGUUUAG